GAAACAAAGAAUGGAAGAAGAAUUUUAGUCAUUCCUUCAACUGCUCCGGAAACCUUUAGACCGCGAAAGAAAAAGAAGCGAAACCAUGGGCAAAGAAAGUGAGCUUUGGGACGACUCCGCCCUCAUCGACGCCUUCGACAACGCCAUGUCCAAAUACAAGAAGAUGCAUGGAAAUGAAAACAGCGAGGCCAACAUAUCUGUCUCUGUUCAUCAAAGCGGCGAUGAGGCAAUCAAACACAGGGAUGCAGGAGAGAACAGCAAUGCCAGAGUAAUUACUGGAAAAGAAACGGAGAAGGCAAAGGAUCUUGAACCGGUUAAAGACAAUCAUACUGUUAAGUUACAGACUCCGGAACCUUAUGGCUAUUCCGAUUCGCAAGGUGCGCAAGACUAUAACCAGUUACUCAGUCAAUAUUACGAGGUUGAAGAGAAGAGGCAGACUAUUCUGCAGCAGCUUCAGCAAUAUGGUAGUUGGGAUUACCGAUAUUCGGCUGAGGGUUCUAGCACAGGUGCACAAUGGGGUAACCCCUGUGUUUCUCAAGAAUACUCCAUUUCUACAAGUCAAGCUUCACAGUCCACUGUCGUCUGUACGUGCUGCCUAUAUGUAUGUCAAUCUUUGGUGACUCCAUGCACAUCAUAUCCUUGCUGUUCUUUAGAUGGGAUAUCUGUUGGUAAAACAAGCACCGGUCGAAAUGGUUCAACGAGUCAUGGAAACUUACCUGAGAUCAUCAACUCUGACAUUGUUAAAACGGCUAUGGGUGCUGCAGAAAGAGCAAUAUCCUCUUUGACGGAAAAAGCUUCUAUUAAUCCAAGUGUAAAUGAAGAGAACAAGGAGAAGAAAGAUGGUGAAGAGGAAAUGAAUCAUGGUAAUUGUGAAACCAAUCUCACUGUACUUUUGAAUGCCUGGUAUUCUGCAGGCUUCUACACAGGAAAGUACCUUGUGGAGCAGAGUAUUGCCAAUAAAAAGCAGUGAUAUGCAUCAUUUUUAUGCAAUGUGGAAGUGAGUUGUUAGUCAUCCUACACCUUGUAUCGGAAUCCCUGCGUUUAUCGUGAGAAAGGAACGUGAGAAUGUAUGGACAAUAUACGAAAUCUGGCCGACAUGGUUAGAUUUCGGAUAUUCCAACAAAUUCAGAAGCUAUCCGAUUACGAUUAGGACUGCAUGGUUUAAGGAAACAGUGCUGCUUGUGAUCUAGUUACUUUGUAAAUUGUAUAGAGACUUCGGAUUGUACUGCA